CCCACCCACCUCUGCCCUGCCAACGCCCCCAUCUCUGACAGCCCGAUUCAGAAACCUCUUCCUAGCAGAGAGCCAGAUCGAGAGGGAGACAAAAGCUCUUUCUCUUCCCUGCAGACAGGGCCCGCUCUAGGCACCAGCAAACCAAGCACGUGCUUGGGGUGGCGCAUUUUCAGGGCCAGCAUUCUGGCCAUCUUUUUUUUUUUCUGCUUCGGGCCGCAAAAGCCUAGAGCCGGCCCUGGCAGUUGCAGCACCACGUCGUGCGCCUGGGGUGCCCUGGGGCUGCUGCAGUUCACGUUGAGUGGGAACAGUGCUGCACCUUGUGGCUGGGCCAGGCAGGCUCCGAGUGAGGGACACUCGAGCUCGGGGCCGCCCCAUGGGGCACAUGGAGCCACCUGCAGGUGCCAUGGGGUGGCCACCCCCCAGCACCACAGCCAGGGCUGGGUGAAGUGCCCUGAGCCACCCAAGGACUGUAGCAGGGCAGCCAGAAGCAGCAGCAGGGGGGCACUGCUGUGUAGGGCCCGUGUCCCACUCUCCGGCACUCCACUCCCUCUGGGGCUGCCCCGUCCCUCCUCCUCAGCCCCCUGCCGGGGCGGUCCCCCUGCUCUGCCCUCCUGCUUCCUGGCUGGUCCUGGAGUUGGGAGCCCUGGCUGGAAGGAACUUGGACUGAAGGUUUACCUAGACCCUGCCAGUGCUGGACCAGCUGGAGAACGGACCUAUGGAAAUUCGGUGACACAAACUGAAGGCACCAUUAAGGUCUGUGAAGGAAAACCAGUGCUUCUGAAUUGCACCUAUGAAAUGUCUGGGUCUCCAGUGCCCUUCUGGUACGUGCAGUAUCCACACGAAGCCCCUCACCUCUUGCUGGCAGAGUAUGAGGCAACAGACGAGGAGGAGAGAAAGCGCAGGAGAGGCUUUUCUGCUAAACUCGAGAGAAACCCAACAUCCUUCCGUCUAAAUAAAAACUCCAGCGAAAUCAGCGACUCUGCUCUCUAUUUCUGUGCCUUGGGCUGUGGAACAUACAAUAAAUACUCUUGGGGGAAUUUUGCACCACUGCGCACGUGCAGAAUUUGUGUCCCGCAGAAUUCCCCUCCCUCAUAG